AUGUUUUCCCUCACUCCGGUCUUGAUAGCAGUUGUCUGCGUUUUGAUCGUGUGGAUCUUUAAAAAUGCGGAUAGAGGCGUGGAGAGAAGGAAAGGGGAGGCGAGAGCCGGGUCCGAGGCUCGGCCCUGGGUGGAUGCAGACCUGAAGGACAGCACUGACCUCCAGCAGGUGGAAGAAGAUGCUGAUGAGUGGCAAGAGUCCGAGGAAAGUGUUGAACACAUCCCAUUCUCCCACACCCGGUAUCCUGAGGAGGAAAUGGUUACGAGAUCCCAGGAAUUUUAUGAGCUUCUUAAUAAGAGACGCUCAGUGAGAUUCAUAAGUAACGAGCAAGUCCCAAUGGAAGUCAUUGAGAAUGUCAUCAAAACAGCAGGAACAGCCCCCAGUGGGGCCCACACAGAGCCCUGGACCUUCGUGGUUGUGAAGGACCCGGACAUGAAGCAUCAGAUCCGGGAGAUCAUUGAGGAGGAAGAGAAAAUAAACUACUUGAAAAGGAUGGGACAACGAUGGGUCACAGACCUGAAGAAACUGAGAACUAAUUGGAUUAAAGAGUACUUGGACACAGCUCCUGUUUUGAUUCUCAUUUUCAAACAAGUACAUGGUUUUACCGCCAAUGGCAAAAAGAAGGUCCACUACUACAACGAGAUCAGUGUGUCCAUCGCGUGUGGCAUCCUCCUCGCUGCCCUGCAGAACGCAGGCCUGGUGACGGUCACUACCACUCCUCUCAACUGUGGCCCCCGUCUGAGGGUGCUCCUGAGCCGCCCCACAAAUGAGAAGCUGCUGAUGCUGCUGCCCGUGGGGUACCCCAGCAAAGAGGCCACGGUGCCCGAUCUGAAACGGAAACCCCUGGAUCAGGUCAUGGUGACUGUGUAGGCCGGAGACCAGCAGGGAGAUGCUGGAGGGGAUGUGGCUGCUCCCGUCUCCUGUUCCUCUGGGAUCUCUGGCUGCCCUUUCUCUGAGUUUAAGUCCCCCCAGAACUCCACGCCAUGGGGGGGGCACUCUGUGUGCAGAAACCUUUCCACGUUCUCCAGCACUUGGAGUCUGAGACCCCUGCUUCUGACAGUGUGAUUCGGGGAACAUAGAAUAAGAUCAGCAGGUACGCUCUCUUCCAUUUCUCACCCACUUUGGAAAUGGAUUACAAUUUUACUGAAAACAUGCUCUGGUGUUUAAGUGUUUUAAAUUGUUCCAGAAAAGA